AUAUCAGAAAAUCAACAAUCAUCCAAAAAAAUAUUAUUGUCUUCAGAGUUCAGUCUUCACUCUUCACAAUAUAUUUCGUAGUGUCGUUUUAAAUAGCCAUAAGACGUAAUCGUACUUUUAUUUUAUUUAAAAAAAUAGACCAAACAAUCACAAUGACUGAAGAAGGAACUAGUAAAACUUUGGAAGAUCCUUCAGUCUGGGAAGACACUGAUCGAGUGGACGAAGAAAUACUUCUCAUGUCCAAUGAAGAAAUCACGUCUCGUACACGCCUGCUCGAAAAUGAUAUUAAAGUAAUGAAGAGCGAUGUGAUGCGUAUAUCUCACGAAUUACAGUCACAGACCGACAAGAUUAAAGAAAAUACAGAAAAAAUAAAAGUCAACAAAACUUUACCUUAUUUGGUAUCAAAUGUUAUCGAGUUGUUAGAUGUGGACCCUCAAGACACAGAAGAAGAUGGUGCGGUUGUGGAUUUAGACAGUCAGCGAAAAGGAAAAUGCGCCGUCAUUAAGACGUCCACCAGACAAACUUAUUUUCUCCCAGUUAUUGGUCUUGUGGAUCCAGAACAGUUAAAACCUGGUGAUCUGGUUGGUGUAAACAAAGAUUCGUAUCUCGUUUUAGAGACCUUACCAGCUGAGUACGAUGCUCGUGUUAAAGCAAUGGAAGUUGACGAGAGACCGACUGAACAAUAUGUAGAUAUUGGUGGAUUAGAUAAACAAAUUCAAGAACUCAUAGAAGCCGUAGUAUUACCCAUGACUCACAAGGAAAAAUUCCUUAACCUGGGUAUUCAACCCCCAAAAGGAGUACUACUAUACGGACCUCCCGGUACCGGAAAAACUCUCUUGGCUCGUGCUUGUGCUGCUCAGACCAAAUCAACGUUUUUAAAACUCGCCGGUCCGCAGUUGGUACAAAUGUUUAUCGGGGAUGGUGCAAAACUUGUGCGUGAUGCAUUCGCUCUCGCCAAAGAAAAAGCACCUGCAGUUAUAUUUAUCGACGAAUUGGAUGCUAUCGGUACUAAGCGUUUCGACUCUGAAAAAGCCGGAGAUCGAGAAGUGCAAAGAACCAUGUUAGAGCUGCUCAACCAGCUGGAUGGAUUCAGUUCGACCGCUGAUAUUAAAGUGAUUGCGGCCACUAACAGAGUGGAUAUUUUGGAUCCAGCGUUGUUGAGGUCUGGAAGAUUAGAUAGGAAAAUCGAGUUCCCGCAUCCCAACCAAGAAGCAAGAGCCAGGAUUAUGCAAAUUCAUUCACGAAAAAUGAAUAAAUUUGAUGUGAAUUUCGAAGAACUUUCCAGAUCAACUGAUGACUUCAAUGGAGCGCAGUGCAAAGCCGUUUGUGUAGAAGCUGGUAUGAUCGCUUUAAGACGAGGUGCGUCUACUGUAACUCAUGAAGAUUUUAUGGAUGCUAUUAUGGAAGUUCAAGCAAAGAAGAAGUCAAACUUGAACUACUACGCUUGAAUAUCCUCUAUUUUAAUUGUUUUUAUGAGAUUUUUUUGUAUUUUUUUUUUUUCAAUUUCUCCAAGAAACAUAUUUAUUUUCUUUAAAAUUGUUUAUUAUACAUUUGCUAGCAAUUUAUAAAAUAAAAUUUAUGAAAUUAAUACUAUCUUAA